AUGCCUACAGCAGUACCAGCAGGAAUUCGGAUUGCGAUUGAUAGAGGAGGAACAUUUACUGAUUUUUGGGCGAACAUCCCCGGCCGCAAAGAUGAUCUUGUUUUCAAGCUUCUGUCCGUGUGUCCAGAUCUCUACCCGGACGCGCCUACAGAAGGAGUGAGGCGGAUCUUGGAGACUGCUACAGAGACCUCAAUUCCCAGUGGUCAAUUACUGGAUUUGGAACCUGUUGAAUCAAUCCGCAUGGGAACUACAGUUGCGACCAACGCACUGUUAGAACGGAAAGGCGAGCCAGUGGCGCUCCUCAUCACGAAGGGUAUGAUUGACCUUUUGAUAAUUGGCAAUCAAGCGCGGCCACACAUAUUUGAUCUUUCGGUACGAAAGCUGGAUAAGCUUUACGAGAAAGUCAUUGAAAUCGAUGAGAGAAUCACUGUUGAGGGAUUUUCGGAGGACCCAGAACCACAAACAAUCGAUAUCACAAAGGACGCAGAUCUUGUUGAGGGUCUCUCGGGAGAAGCAUUAAGAAUCUUGAAGAAGCCGGACUAUGAGGUUGUUCGCAAGGAUCUUCAAGCUCUCUGGGACGAGGGAUUUCGCAGCUUGGCCAUUGCGUUGAUGCAUUCGUACGCCUACCCAGAACACGAAACGAAGAUUGCUGAGAUUGCACAGGAGAUGGGCUUCAGUAUCUCCGUCUCGUGCAAACUACAACCCAUGGUGAAAAUCGUUCCCAGGGCGCAGUCAGCAACUGCUGAUGCUUACCUGUCUCCUGUUAUUGUGCGCUAUUUGGAAGGUUUUGCGAAGGGCUUUCUGGGCGAGUUCAAAGACGAGAAAAGUUCGAGGAAGUUGUUAUUAUCCCAGUCCGAUGGAAGUCUGGCCACGUUCAAUACUUUUACUGGACUCCGAGCUGUGCUCUCAGGUCCAGCUGGUGGUGUCGUUGGUAUGGCCCGAACUUGUUAUGAUGAAGUAUCGCAAGUUCCAGUUCUUGGCUUCGAUAUGGGUGGAACCUCGACAGAUGUCUCCAGAUUCGGAGGAAGUUAUGAGCAUGUGUUUGAAAGCACAGUAGCAGAGGUCACAAUCCAAAGCCCUCAGCUUGAUAUUAACACUGUGGCUGCUGGAGGUGGAUCAAUGUUGUUCUGGCGGAAUGGCCUGUUUGUUGUUGGACCUGAUUCCGCCGGUGCUUUUCCAGGACCAGCUUGCUAUGGAAAUGGCGGUCCUUUGACUAUCACUGACGCCAAUUUCCUCCUCGGCCGCCUGCUACCUGAUUUCUUCCCCACAAAGCUCGAUCUUCUAACGGUUAUAUCCAAAUUCUCCGAAUUGACAAAGAUUAUCAAUGCGGAGAAGGAUGGGGAUUCCCAAAUGACCCCAGAAGAAAUUGCCAAUGGUUUCAUCACAGUCGCAAACGCCUCAAUGUCUCGACCAAUCCGCAAUAUCAGCGAAGGCCGUGGAUUUGACACAUCAGCCCACAACCUUGCCUGCUUUGGUGGUGCAGGCGGCCAGCACGCAGUCGCGGUUGCUCGUGACCUUGGCAUCAAAAGAGUGAUCGUGCAUCGUUUGUCAAGUAUUUUGUCCGCUUAUGGAAUGGCCUUGGCGGACAUUGAAGUAGAUCUCCAAGAGCCCGAGUCGGUGCUCUUCAACGAAAGCACCAGUUCCAGAAUUGAGAGUCGGCUAGACUCCCUCAAGACCAAAGCUCUCGCAAAACUGGCAUCUCAAGGGUUCAAGGAAAACCAGGUCACUCACCAUAGUUUCCUUAACAUGCGGUACAAUGGCAGUGAUACAGCUCUGAUGGUCGAGAAGACAAGUGAGGACCCAGAUUUCGGAACCGCUUUCACUCAGCGGCAUAUGCGCGAAUUUGGUUUCACUCAACCACGAGAUAUUAUGGUCGACGACAUCCGUGUUCGGAGUGUUGGCAACAGUAUCGGAAUCCAAGCCUCAAAUCCAUUCCAAGAGCUCAAUGAUCUUAGCAGCCCUAUUUACCUCGGAAAGGCAGAAGCGGCCAGUACGCGAAAGGUGUUUUUCGAGAAAAAUGGGUGGGUUGAUACAAGAAUAUUCCACCUUGAUGCUUUGCCUAUCUCCCGCAAGAUCGCAGGACCGGCUGUCAUUAUUGAUUCGACCCAGACAAUUGUCGUGGACCCUGCUAGCGAAGCAACGAUUUUGCAAGAGCACGUUGUGGUUGAUUUGUUAGAUGCGGAUCGCAAAGCCAUCAGUUCAGAAGUAGUCGAUCCUAUCCAUCUGUCGGUUUUUGGUCAUCGCUUUAUGAGCAUUGCCGAGCAAAUGGGUACAACAUUCCAGAAAACUUCCAUUUCCACCAAUAUCAAAGAGCGACUAGACUUUUCUUGUGCGGUUUUCUCCCAUGAUGGUGGGUUGGUUGCCAACGCUCCCCAUAUUCCAGGCCAUCUGGGAUCCAUGGCUUAUGCCAUUGCCUAUCAAUCAAGAUUAUACCCCAAAGGCGAGCUAAAGCCAGGCGAUGUCUUACUGUCUAACCAUCCAAUUUCUGGAGGGACCCAUCUACCGGACUUGACUGUUACCACUCCUGUAUUUGACGACGAUGAAAACCCACAAGAGAUUCUGUUCUUUGUGGCAAACCGUGGCCAUCAUGCAGAUAUUGGAGGGAUUGCUGCUGGGUCGAUGCCCCCUAAUUCCACCGAGUUAUGGCAGGAAGGUGCUGCUGUGGAGUCAUUCAAGAUGGUCAAAGAGGGUGUCUUUGACGAACCAGGCUUAGUAAACAUACUUUACGAUAUCCCCGGCAGCUAUCCAGGCUGCAGUGGGACGAGAACCUUGAAAGACAACAUUGCCGAUUUGAAAGCGGCUACUGCAGCGAAUAAGCGUGGUAUCGCUCUGCUCUCCUCCAUGAUCAAAGAGUACACAUGGCCAGUUGUGAAACUCUACAUGGCCGCGAUCCAAAAGAACGCCGAAUACAGCGUCAGAAAUCUUCUUAAAGAAUUCAGCGUCCGCUUCCGUGGCCGUGCGCUGGAGGCUGUAGACUACCUUGACGAUGGAACGCCACUGGCUGUCAAGAUCACAAUCGAUGGUGAAACUGGGUCAGCAAAAUUCGACUUCACUGGCACCGGACCGGAAACGUUCAACAACUUGAACGCGCCACCAGCUGUCAAGAAUAGUGGGAUAAUGUACUGCCUGAGAUCAAUGAUAUCCUCCGACAUCCCCCUGAACCAAGGUUGCUUGGAGCCAAUUGAGAUUUACUGCCCUCCGAACACAAUCUUAUCCCCAUCACCAACAGCCGCGACGGUUGGAUCCAACGUCGAGACGGCCCAGCGUAUUAUCGACCUCAUUUUCAAAGCCUUCAAAGUAGCGGGCGCCAGUCAAGGUUCCAUGAACAACCUCACGUUCGGCUACGGCGGCACAAACGAAGACGGAAGUGUAGCCAAGGGCUUCGGCUACUACGAGACGAUUGCUGGCGGAGCGGGUGCUGGCGCAGACUGGCAAGGCCAGGACGCCGUGCACACAAAUGCUACAAACACCCGUAUGACCGAUCCCGAGAUCUUCGAGAAACGAUACCCGGUGCUGCUCCGGGAAUUCUCCAUCCGCAAAGGCAGCGGGGGACGAGGCCGGAACCGCGGUGGUGAUGGCUGCAUCCGUGAUAUCGAGAUUAGGCGGCCACUGCAAGUCAGCAUUUUGAGUGAGAGGAGAGUUAUUGCACCGUACGGCAUGGCGGGCGGGGAAGAGGGAAAGAGGGGAGUCAAUAUAUGGAAACGCGUUGAUCCCGUGACGGGGUCUGAACGGACUAUCAGUCUCGGUGGGAAAGCGUCGGUGAUGAUGAACGCUGGCGAUCGAGUAAUCAUUCACACGCCUGGUGGUGGUGGGUAUGGAGCUCUUGAAGCGCUGCAAGAAGAGAGCUUGGAGAUAGGCGAGUUUAAGCUUUUUCAGACAGCUGACAAGGCUUUGGGGAAAAGAAAGGACAAUGUAGUAAAGGAUGGUGUUCUUGGCAUGUAG